AUGGGGCGUCCAGUGUUGGGAUGCGUCCGUGCGGCCGACGGUGCCAAGUUGCGGGAGUCGCUAGAACCCACGGGGCACCGGCUUUCCCAGCACCAGGCCAGGGUGGAGUCACUGACGGUGCUGCUGGCAGCGUGUGAGGCCUUACAAGCCAAGAAGCAGAUCGAUGAAGCCUUUCCCAGGCGCAUCGCUGGCACCAUUCUCAUGGCAGUGGCCCCACGCAACGGCACGGUGCUGUGCAGAGAAGUGGAAGAUUUCGUGGCCAAUGUGAGCAGCAAGGUCACCAGUGAUGAACGCGUCCAGCAGUACAAACCACACGUGCUGAGUUAUUGGACGGAGCUGGGGGAUAUACCUUCCAGCGUGAUGUCUCGCAAGGAUUUCAUCAGCGCAGACGAGCGGAUGACCCUGCUGCUCAUUCAGCCUACGAAGAUCCCAGAGAACCACGAUUUCGCGAAAGCGAACGACUUCUUGCAAGACUUUUGUUCGUCGCCACCUCUGGGUUUCAAUCUGCACAUCACGGGCGCACCGGCCCUGCUGACGGGCAGCGGCUGCUCCUCCAAUAGCCAUGCCGUGGUCAAUCCGCGGGACAUGAGCUUCAAGUGUUUGUUCUUUGCCGAAGUCAUCACAACGCCCAUAGCGCUGCUGAUUAUGGGAUGCAUCGUGCGUCACUGGCGCCUACUCAUUCUUCCAUUAUUCACGGUAUGUCUCUCCUUUGCCGUCUCUGCCUUGAUGUUGAUCCCCUGGAUGGACCAUGUGGAGGUGCCAACGGAUGCCAUUGCGGCCAUGGGCUCGGUGAUUCUGGCCCUAUCUUUGGACUAUAGUCUCUUCUUGCUGAGCCGCUUCAGUGAGAAUCAUCACGACAAAUUCACCUUGCAGGAGAAUGUUGACAUUAUCAAGGCCUGCACCUGUCGCACCAUUUCCAUCAGCGGGCUCCUGGUGGCCAUCGCAUUCUUCGCAGGUAUUCUAUUGCCUGAGAGAAACCUCCAAGGCACUUGCAUCGCCUUGGGCUUUGCCGUUUUGGCCUGUGUGGCCACGAAUGUUGUAUUUCUUCCAGCUGUUUUCCUGGCCUUCGGUCCUGUGUUCGUCGGCCGCUCCUUCCUGCCCAGCUGGUGGGGCGACGUGCAGCUGGACGAUGGCGCGGAGGAGGAGGACGAGCGCCAAAGACCGGGGCCAAAGAGCGCCGACAACACCAAUUGGUUGCUCAUCAUGCGUGUGGUGGAACGAGCGCCGCUCAGCGCCAUUCUGCUGGUGUUGCUCUUCGUUUGGCCCGUGCUCUCGGCCGCGCCCUCGCUCCACAUCACGGCAGACCGUUUUGCCAUGAUGCCGCUGUACUCACCGGCGGUGUUGGCCUUACGGAAGAUCCAGGAUGCCAAGCUGUCGACAGGGCUGGUGAACCCCUAUGAGAUCUUGGUGACAGCCCCGAAUCAGCCCAGAGAUGUGCUUCGCGCUGAGCUUUCAAAGGGCUUGGACUCCUUAGGCCUGGCGACUUCGCACCUGGGCCUUGGGAUGAGCGACUUGCAGAAGGCCCUGAGAGAAGGCCAAAACUCCUUGCUUCGCCGUCCAGAGGCACCGGAGGAUCUGUCGGGCUAUGAGGAGUUGUUGAAUGGCUUAGCAUGUGCCAACCGCACUGAGAGCAGUCCCCAUAAUCCACACUGCAACUGCUGUCCCAAUGCCUUCCUCGAGUGUGAAGAAUGUGAUCUUGCUGCGACCUGCGCAUCGCCUGAGAUGCAGGCCCUACUCGAGCUGGCCAAGGAAGGGAACCUGACAGUAGAUGACUCACAGCUGAGGAGCCUCAAAGUUUGCAUCGAGAGAGCGGCCGUGGCAGCUAAGAAGAACCGAACUCCUCCGAUCGCUUUGGACCAGCUCCUGUCGUCCUUGAGGAAGGUGAACCAAUCAGCAGUGCAGAAGGGUUUGCUGCAGCGCUAUCCCUUCCUGGUAGACAUCGCCGCUUGGGUCAGCCAGGUGCAGAAUCUGAGUCGGAAGGAGCGUGGCAUGCUGCUGCUUCCCAGCGGCUUCCAUGCUCUGCUGGAGCUCUCAGACAAGCUCCAGGGCACCGGAGCUGUGGCUUCCAUCCUGGGACCGCAAUGGAUCUUGCAUCAGCGAUUGGAAUGGCCCCUGGUGGUGGCUUUAGCGGCAAAGCCGGAGUUGCGCCAUGGGUAUUCAGCCCUACUGGAGCAGUUCGUGAACGGGAAGCGGGCUCUUCUCCAGGUCCACACGCACUUUCCACCUAUAGGUGCUUUGUCUGCCGACUGGGCCGAAGAAGCGCGAGGCAUCCUCAGAGCUUGGGAGCACAAGCAUCCAGGUUAUAAGGUGCAACUGGCUGGUGGCAACGCAGAGGCAGCGGACACCCGAGCAGAGAUCAUGCGCGCCAUGUGGACCUACUUGGUCGUAAGCAUCUCCUUGAUCAUGAUUGUCCUCUACCUCUCGUUUCAAUCCUUGCUGGUGCCGCUCCGUCUCGCUUUGGCCAUGCUCUUCACCCUUGUGGCCACCUUCGGCAUGGGCGUGCUGGUCUACCAGACCACGCUGCUUCAUGGUUUCAUGCCUCCGUUAAAAUAUUUCAACGGCGUCACCUACGAGGUCAUUCCGUUGGUCACUGGCAUCGCGAUUGCCUUAGGCUUGGACUAUGAUAUCUUCCUGGUGAGCCGCAUCGUGGAGUUUCGAGUGCAGCGCUACUCAGACCGCGCCAGCAUUUUCCGAGGUAUGCUGAAAACCGGAGAUGUGAUCUCUGGCGCCGGCCUCAUCAUGUCCCUGGCGUUCUCAGAUCUUCUUCCAGCAGUUCGGGGUCUUGAUCAUCACCAGUGUCCUGCUGGAUACCUUCGUGGUCCGCACGGUCUUGGUCCCUGCCUUGAUGCUCAUUGCGCAGCAUUGGAACUGGUGGCCGAGAAGUAUGCCGCCACCCAUCCACGACGUCUUGGAGGGUGA